AUGGCCACGUUGCUGCUAGCCAACACGGAAAGCUUGACAAAACUGGUGGCUCAAUUCAAUUGCUUUCUCUUAGAUAAGGAGGGCGAGCCAGAUGCCUACCGAAAGCCCACCGAGUUCACCAGUGCAUUGAGUUUGAUUGCAACAAAAACGAUCGAACACACUGAGUUGGAAGGACAAAUGGAGUACAGCGCAAUCGAAAAAGCAAUUGAAACAUACGGAAGAUGGCUGUUCUACUCCGAAAGCUCAUGCUCUGACUUGGUGAUGGCGACGGACAAGAGAACGGAGCCUUUUGAACCAUUAGAAGAAGUCUUGAACACUUGUGAAGUGGGAGCGCUUACAAGUAAACCUUGGACGCAACUUGUCUAUAUCAAAGAAAAUAUUAUCAUCAUUACAGGGCAACUACAGGGAGAAGCCAACGAUCAAAAGAUCCGACUCAAACUCCGUUCGCUUUUUGAGUCCCCAGAGGUUGACAUCAGCGCGUUUCUCAGCGUUGUAAGAAAGGUUCUUCCAACGGAAAACGCUUGCAUGGCAGCCCCACAGUUUCAUAGGGCCGCCGAAGAACGGGAGAUCGUCCCCAUGUUGUUAUCCCUAAUUGUGCAGGCCGCCUGUAUUCCUGGAGAGCUCGACAAUAGUCUCCUCCAGGAGCCGGCACUGGAGAAUAUCCAACGUUUCUUCUAUUUGGCGUUCAAACAUGGAACGUCAACUCUAACGGGGCCCUCCGAUAGUUGGUACGCAUGUCAGUACUGCACCAGGUGGGUAUUGUUCCAUGCUGGAAUCCUUCCUAUGUACGUGGAACGGGUAAAGGAUCCAAACGUGGUUGUCACAUGUGGGGCAUCUGGAUACGGCUCCAUGUGCGAUAUGCUCCACAACAGCAGAACUGAGCAACAAAGAGCUAAUGAGGAGCUCAAAGAAGCUAGGGCGGCCCUGCAAGAAGCAUCGAAGAAGCGUUCUCGAGACGAAGAGAACCUCGAUGGUUUACGGGCGGAGCUCCAAAAUGCCAACGAUGAAAUGGUUGCAAAGCAGCGUCGUAUCGAGGAGCUAGUACGCCAAACCUGUGUUCUAGAGGAUCGGUGUAGUGUGCUGGAGCAAGAUCCAGAGAGACACAGUCAUGCCGAAUUUCGUGCGCUUAACGAGGCAUUGGAAACGAUGAAGGCGCAUGCCGACAUUGCCCACCAACACAAUAAUGAUACUGUAGGAGAGUUGGUGCGGUACGAACAACAACUAAGAAGAAUGGAUACACUUGUUGACGCUCAUGUAAAGCAAUACGGCAACCCAGAAGAUAUUGUGAAGAUCUUUAGACAGCAGGAAGCCAUCAUCAGGAGUCUGCAGGAUAGGAUACCUGCGGAUUCCGCGGCGGCUAGUCAUAUUGGUGAUGUCAGAUUGGCUCAGGAUUCCAAUCCUCAAGGGGAAGGCGACCCCUUCAAUGUUGACGACGCCCCGGAUCAAGGAAACAACGCUGACAAUGGUCCGGAAGGGAACUUUGACAACGAAGUAGAAGGUGAUCCUGCUCCCGACAAUAGUCAAGAAGGUGAUGAUGUUGCUCCCAACAAUGGUCAAGGAAGCAACGUUGACAAUGGUCCAGAAGGGAACGUUGACAACAAAGUACAAGAAGGUGAUCCUGCGCCCGACAAUAGUCAAGAAGGUGAUGAUGUUGCUCCCGACAAUGGUCAAGGAAGCAACGUUGACAAUGGUCCAGAAGGGAACGUUGACGUUGACAAUGAAGUACAAGAAGGUGAUCCUGCGCCCGACAAUAGUCAAGAAGGUGAUGAUGUUGCUCCCGACAAUGGUCAAGGAAGCAACGUUGACAAUGGUCCAGAAGGGAACGUUGACAACGAAGUACAAGAAGGUGAUCCUGCGCCCGACAAUAGUCAAGAAGGUGAUGAUGACGAUGUUGUCGUGGCAAUAGGCAGAUACGUACCAUGCCCUUUCACUACCAUCUCGGGCAUGCCUUGUAGGGCUUUUGGUAAUGUCAGCGUUUGUUAUCUUGACAGGCCGAGAUUGACUACCCAUGUCAAUUGUCCUCUUUGGUGGCCAAAGGCGGAAUCAACUUUGGUUAACGCCGUAUUUACAGUACCGAAGUACCUUUCCGUGCUUUGCUCGCAAAGGAUGAAAGAAACGAGCGAACAAGGCGCACUACAGAAGUUGGUCAAGAAGAUUGACGAUCAUGAAUUCGUCGAAACGUUUAUUCUAAGCCAGCUUUCCCGGGCAAAGCAUGCUGCCGUGAAUCAUUGUGAGAAAAAGAAAGACUUGCGUUUUCACGUGACAACAGCAGUGAAAGUCGAAAUGGAAAAGGCCUACGCAGCCUUGCAUAACAAAGCAAGGCCCACCCAUGGCGCCCCCCCUGUUACACGUCGCGGUGACGGAACCUACAUCAUCGCGAAGAACUUUGCAAGCCCCUACCUCACGAACAUGUUGCAAAGCAUGUCCGACGAUCUAACUCUGACGAUUACUUGUUCGGGUGGCAAGCAAACCAAAGCGAAUUAUCUUUUGAAAAGACUCUCGAAUCAUGAUGAUAUCUGGGGAGGUAGAUGCCUUUUUCCCAAUGUAAAGCUGGUCCUGCAAAACGAUUCGGAACUUUUUUGUGAACCGAGACGGAGGCCCUCAAGUCGAAAACGAAAAGCGGUACCUGCCUCUGCACCCCUAGCAGCCCAAGCUGCGCAUAGGGUAACAACAAAGGGCGUAGCGGCCGAUCCUGAAGCGGCCCCUGCACCAAAAGACCAAGAAACAGGGGGCGUAGUGGCCGAUCCGGAAGCUGCGGAAAAGGUAACAGCAGUGGCCGAUCCUGAAGCGGCCCAAGCUGCGCAAAAGGUAGAGGCCGAUCCGGAAGCUGCGGAAAAGGUAACAACAGUGUAA